AUGAUGGAAGAUGAUUCAAGCAUCGCUUCGAACACUAAAUCAACUGUUUCAUUAUCGGAAACAUCUGAUUCCGGCAACAGCAACUACAAGCAUCGCCCCAGCAAACGUGCCAGACAUGAUGAUCACGUUGUGUCGUUAGCAAGGUUCAAAGGUGUCGUCCCGCAGCAGAACGGGCAUUGGGGUGCACAGAUAUACGCCAACCAUCACCGGAUAUGGCUUGGGACGUUCAAGUCCAAGAGAGAAGCCGCCAUGGCUUACGACAGCUCCGCCAUCAAGCUACGUAGCGGUGGCGGCGAAACUCAUAGGAACUUCCCGUGGACCGAUCUCAACAUCCAAGAACUGGACUUUCAACACCUUUAUUCGACCGAGGAUGUACUGAACAUGAUCAGGGACGGUUCGUAUCAAGCCAAGCUGGAAGAAUUCGUCAAGAUCUUGUCUAGAAAUGAUGGGAAAUUGACCACUUAUCUAAACAAGAAGCUUGUGCAUGGUGAUACACAGUUCUCAUGCAUGCAACUUUUUCAAAAGGAAUUAACACCGAGCGAUGUCGGAAAGCUUAACAGGCUCGUGAUCCCUAAAAAAUACGCCGUUAAACACUUCCCUCACAUUAGUUCGGUCGGCGGUGGUGUCGAAGACAUUGAACUUGUCUUCUACGACAAGUUAAUGGUGAGAUGGAAAUUUCGUUACUGUUAUUGGAGGAGUAGCCAAAGCUUUGUUUUCACUAGGGGAUGGAGCCGUUUCGUGAAGGAGAAGAAACUUGGUGAGAAAGAUACCUUGACAUUUUACAUGUGUGAGUGCCCUGGUGGGAAUCAAAAUGGCAGAAGUUUCUUCCUCAUCGAUGUGAGUGGUGAAAGCUGUUGCAUCAACGAGGGCAAUAAGAAUGGGACUAAUACGUCUGGAGUGGAUGAUUUGGCAGUGGACUUGGAGCUGAGUUUGAGGGGGAAGAAUUACAGUAAGACUUGUAGUAAGUUGAAUGAAGAUAAAGCUGUAGAUGGAUUUGAAUCAGGUCGUAAUGUAAAACAGAAAAGUGUUACCCUUUUCGGAGUACAGAUCAACUGA